CGUGCGUCGCGCCCAAGGCGGAAGUGAGUCCUCGUAGUGUUAGCCACUGUGGUGAACCGCAGAAGGAUGUCAGAACAGACAAAGCGGGUCUUUGCAGGGUUUUUAACGUAUUAAAAGAGGACUGUAAUCGGAUAAAGAGUCAGAAAACCCAGGGAACAUGAUUUUAACGCCGUAUCUGUCGUUUUUAUUUGUAAUUUUUUCAGUCGGAACAGCGAAGACGAAAGAUGGGGACGACGACUGGGUUCAUCUUCCGAACAAAUGUGAAGUGUGUAAAUUCGUCAGUAUUGAGAUGAAGGCAGCGUUUGAUGAAACGGGCAAGACCAAAGAAGUCAUCGACACGACGUACGGCUUCAUAGACGGCAAAGGAGCGCCCCCCGUCAAAUACGUCAAGUCAGACCUCAGGUUCAUUGAGGUUGUUGAAAAUGUGUGUCAGAGGCUACUGGAGUACAAUCUGCACAAGGAAAGAACUGGCAGCAAUCGUUUUGCCAAGGGCAUGUCGGAGACCUUCAGCACCCUCCACGGGUUAGUACAUAAAGGAGUGAAUGUGGUGAUGGACAUUCCUUACGAGCUGUGGAACGAAACGUCGGCUGAGGUUGCUGACCUCAAGAAACAGUGCGAUGUUUUGGUGGAGCGUUAUGAGGAUGUGAUUGAGGAGUGGUACAAAGGAAGCCAGGAGGAAGACCUCACCAAGUAUCUGUGUGAGAAACAUGUCCUCAAAGGACAGGACGCAGAAUGCCUUAAAGAGAAUUGGACCCCAAAGAGGAAGGGAGACCAGGCAGCCAUAGCAGAGGACAAGAAGAAAAAGAAAAAGAAGAAGGUAGGGAAGAAGGGAAAGGGCAAGGGUGAAGACAAAGGAGAGGGAGGUGACGGCAGCUCGGACGGAGGGAAGACGACAAAGAAUAAGAAGGAGAAAAAAGUGAAGAAGAAGAAAAAGAGCAAAGCUCCUGUGGAGAAGGUAGAUGGAGGACUGACAUCGGAUGAGGACAUCCAGGGGCAGGUUCCUCUGUCUGGGAAGAAAACCGAGUUGUGAAUUUGGACCUGGAGCUGUUCUCAGUUUGACAAAAGGUUCUGGAAACAUUGUCAGGGGACAUUCAGAUAAAGUUUCGUACUGUUACACGCGGUUUUAACUUCAUGUAGGUGCACGCAAACGCGGUGUGUGUGAGGAACCACCUGUCUAAGAGAAUGUAAACAAGUGAUUAUAGUUUGUUUUGUUAUGUGGCUAAAAUCAUAAGGAGACAGAGUAAUUUGUGUCACCAAUUAACAAUGCAGACGUGUUUUGUCGUCCAGCCACGCUGCCUGGUGUGAUCUGAAAGCUGAAGACGUGACAUCUGGGAAAUAGUAAUGGCUGGUUUUCUCUAUUUUUCUGAAUUUUGUCUUUUAGAAUAUCAGUAAUUUUAAUGUGGAAAUUAUUGAAAUGAUGAGCAAUUGACAAUACAUCAUCAAUUUUAACAGCCUUUUGGUAUUUGCAGCGUUUCAUGCCAGAGCUUAAAACAGUGCAUUAGUAUUAUUGCUUAGACGAUAAACGUCUUUUGUUCAAUUCUUUUCUUUCUUUUAUUCAUUCUUUUGUUUUUUCCCUUCCUACCUUCUUUCCAUCCUCUCUUUUAAGUUGAAUGUACAUUUUCAAUGGGGCUUUCAUGCACCUGUUUAUAAUGUGAAUUCUUGUGAGCUUUUUCCACUUCCACACUGAAGUUCCCAUUCCAUCUGAUGCGUGUGUGUAAAUGCUGAGUGUGUUCCUAAGCAGUUGCCGCUGAGCCCUUGAAUGCUCACUUUGUGACCUUUCCCAUUAUUGAAUCAACACACGUUAGGUAUUUCUGUUAUUUGAGUGGCAGUGUUUUGUUUUGAUGUUAUUCCACCACAUGUUUGUGUUUAUUUGUGCUUUCCAAAAGCUGCUAUUUAAGGUGUGUUUUUAAGCCAUGUGCUUUCCUAUUUUUCGUGUGUGUGCGUGUGUGUCUGAUUUUUACGCUGAAGUAAAAUGCUGGCUGUGUGGAUCAAUAAACACUGAUGUGAAAAGUUGAAA